AUGCUUCGUGAGGUGUGCGCAUCCGGACCACCGCGGGAUGGUGGCAUCGGGCGACACUACAGAAGGAAGCACAAGUUAAAGGGUCAGGCUAUAAAGCGUGUGCUCGCGUACGAGGAAGAGCUGUCGCUAACGCUCUACGACCCGCAUGAGGUGAAGCUGCCAGUAAACGGCAGCAUUGCCAUUAAUCAGUUACCGAUGCUGAAGGGGUUUCAAGGCCCGUAUCAGCCGUGUGACUUUCUGACCGUACACCCAAACAGUCUAACUACGCACUACGCCUGCCCAUCAAAGGGUCACAGAGAGGCCAUAAACACAAGUGGUGCCGCACGGGCGCGUCCUGGAGACAAGGUCUCACUGCAGUCGUUUUCAAAGGGAGGACGGGCUCGUUAUUGCAUCGUGUCGGAUAUCGCCGCGGACGACAAUGCAUCUGGAGACGAUUCUGGCUAUGGUUCCGGGUUCGAUGACAUGCUUUCAAGCUAUGGCCAAAAACUGACCAGCGACGAGGACAAGCGUCGGAGGACCGGAGAGGCCCCAGGCGGCGCCGACGUGGAUAACCCGUGGGUGUCAUGGACGGGAUGGGCGGAGCACUUCCAGGAAAAAGAUCUCGCGCAGAUAUGCCGCAUGAGCAAAGGCCCGAUGUCAGAUGCAAAACUAAAGCGGGUAUGGGCAGCGACGGAGAAGCAGCGACAACGGCAGCUUAGGAUUAUCGCCGACAGCUUCGAGCGAGUAAUGGCGCGAUGCACUAGCCGUUUAAGGCUUGUACCUCGAGAGACGCUGCGAUGGCUGAACAGCAUCGAGCCGACAACACCGCACGGAAAGCCGGUCCAGCUUAAGGAUCAUGAGAGCUCGAUGGACGACUACAAGAGGUACGCGGCGCGUUACUUAUGCUACUGCUUCGGGGCGUGGCAGAUGGGCCAGGAAGCAGCAAACACGGAGCUCGGGGUACGGUUCACGGAUCUGCAGUGGGAUCGGCUCCGUGUCGUGGUGGAAGGGGUCUUUGCGAUUGAUCUGAGAUGCGGUGGCGCCGCCGUUCGGAGGGGUCCGGCGUCAUCAACACGGCAAGGUAGGCCCACCGGCGGCGGCAUCGUGGCGGCUAGUCGGUCGCGCUCGGAAGAAGAUGCUGGGGACAGGCAGGAAGAGGCAGAACUGGAGGAUAUGCUGGACCGCAGCGUGAUGGAAUUUUGGAUCGCAUCUAUCAAGCAGAAAAUAGCGUUUAAUAUUUUCCAGAACCCGCUGCUUCACUUUACUGCCGUUCUCGGCAUCGACCCGAAAAAGCUAUCUUACAAGCGCGCGGCGGAUUACACCGGUCAGCUGGCGGGUCUGGUAUGGUGCGUGCGGCUGCUCAUGCUGGAGCACGUCUUCGAGGACCAGUCCGACAAUCCGGAAGAGCUGGACUUUGCCGUGCUGGAGAGGUUCCAGGAGGAGCAUCACGAGUGGCUUGCGGACGGCACAUACACGCCGUUUACAUCCCCAUUAACAUGGUCUCAGCCACUUUCGAAAACUCCUCCACAAGACGGUGUUGCAGUCUCCGACGUCUUAGAAAUUGAAGCUUGGCCAGAAACUGCCGCAGAAUUGACGCCUACGGCGCCUACGGCAACACAUGACCAUCGGCUCAUCGCAGAAUCUCUAGAUAUAACGACCACACAGGAAAAGCAAACAAAUCUGGACUCUACGACGACAAAAGAAGACCCAGCGGUCUUGCGACGAGAACAAACACGCCUCCGAGUACAGCGCUACCGAGCCAGACAACAUGAAUCGUACUUUCAACAGAAAGAACAGCCCGAUCCUCUAUUCGAUACUGCUGGGAAUGGGGAUGCCGGCAAUAUAAAUACAGAGGAUGAGACGCGAGUUAUCCCUGAUCUAUCGCAGCUCACUCUCGAAGAUCAUGCGCAGCACAGCUCCUCACCCAGCGCAUGUACUCCAAAGUCAGAUAACCCCAAUGGCGGCAAUACACCACAGCCCACGCUCGACGGGCAUUCAUUGCCACUCGACAAUGGUCAUUCAUCAGACCCGGUGCUUGGUAGUUAUAUGCAAGAAGUGCUUCCUCCAUCUGCUAGCCUCUCAUCCGACUUCAUUGACUCACAAAGUGCCACAUACGACGAAGUUUUCAAGGAAUUUUUCAGGCACGAGUGUAAUUGCUCUGCCGUACCAGAUCUCAACGAGCCCGAGGAGGUCCAUACACUCCGGCAGAGAGUGCGGCUUCUGCAGUCACUCAUGCCAACACUCAACAUGAUAUUUGGCGAGACCAGCUCUUACGAACCUAGCUCAUCAUUUCAUCAAUGGAGCGGAGUCCUGGGUGAUUGUCCAAAUGAGCCACUAUCCUUCCACAAGACGCAACUUGAGCUGCUUCAUACCCCACUAGAAAUAUCCCGCCGGUGGGAUGUCGACAGCAUAUGGAUUGGCGCCAAGACCCUCGGGGCUGUCAAAUCACCGAAUGACUUUUUACUCUCCUUUCUCCCUUCUGCAGCGCUUAAUCACUCCACUAAUCAAGUAGUACAACCACAUGGACUGAGCAUUGCGAAGACAAGGCAUAUUCAUCUCGGCACUGUCGACGUUUUCAAUGUCCGCUUUGCCGUAUUCGUCCUGUUUCCCAAAGCUGACCAAGGACCAAACUCGCAAACCUCCGCCUCAAAGAACGCUCUCUCGCUGGAACGCCAGAAAGUCUUUUACGACGAUAUCAUUAUCCCAGCAGUAUAUGAGACAGUGCCUGACCCAUUCCGACGGGAAAUACCACAAUCAUAUGAUAUGUUGUAUGCAAAGUCGCGCUCCUACCAGGAAAAGCUUGGGAAUACUCACUGGAAGCCGGAUGAUCAGAGUCGGGCCCUUCGCCUCCGGUAUAGUAUUCCAGCAGAGUAUUUAGCCAAAUUCUGGAGUUCAGUUAUCGAAAAAGCAAAUUUGCUUCGGAUUCCAACUGCCAGUGGCGCCGAGGUUGCGUAUUUCGAGAACCCGCAGCUGUUACUCCAAUCCCAUGGCCUGAAAAACAGGGUUUCCGGCUUGACUCUGCAGGACACUUUAACGUGUUUCACGGAAAACGUGCUAAAGGCUUUUAAUCCGGACCAGCUAGACAUGCGCUCCUGUUGGGUGGACAUUGGAUGUCGGGAUCACGUUGCAACCCAAGGAGUCCACGAUUUUCCAGCCGGACCUUUUACUCUCCUUUGGAAGGACCGGUGUAACCACCAACUCCACGAACGACUCUCCGCUAUUGUUCCCGGCAGCCCUUUAGCAUCCACGUACUUCCGCUCCUACCUUCUUCGGGAUGCCUCUACCUAUAAAGCAAAUGCCAAAUCGACUGGAACUUCGAAUCCCGGCCACCCAGACACGCAUUGUCCAGGAAUUAUUCGCGCCAAGGCAUAUGACAGUAUCAAGGAAACUUUCGCCGUCAUGUAUAGUGACUACCGCAUAUUUGGCUCAGGGUACCUUCCAUUGCUUGCCUUUACAGACGAAAUGAUCCAGGAUCUCUGGUCAAUGAGCCGACACAAUGAAGCAGCAAAUACCUCGCAGAUUAACCGACGAUCCCUACGCCGUGCUUGGGAGGCAAAUAAACGACAUUUGAAAGCUGUUUGUGAGGCAAAGAUUCUUCCGAGCUAUGGAGCCCGGAAAGAAGUGACUUUCUGCCUCGGUCCCAUCUUGACCAUGUUGUGUCGUGGCUAUUUCAACCCGGAGCUGAAUUCCCACAUUGGCAAGGUCCACAAAAAAUUAUCAUUAGAUACCAACGACGGGACGCACUGCCCAUUUUGGGUAGUGCCAACAAAGGAUAUCAGGGCUUUGAUACUAACACAAGCGGCGCGGUUUAUACUUCCGCUUGAUCAUUUGUUCCAGCAGCCCUUGAUUAACCCGCCGAGGGAUUACAAUAUAGAAGACACCCUAGAAGUCUCUGUCCAGCUUGUCCUCGCAUACUAUCUGGCUCAACUCUUGUGUCGCCUUCUAACAUACUCGUUGAGUAGCGAGCAACAAUUGCCAUUCGACAACUGGAUAUGGAAGUCCAAGUGGACUGUAGGAGACAAACAAUUGAAUCAAAGAGCUAAGAUAGUUGAGCGCCAAGGCCUUGGGCUUGAUGAAGUAGUAAAGUCGUCCGGCAUGCUCUGGAUCCCCCAAGCUUGUUUAGACUGGGCGGGGGGACAUAUUGCACUCGACAUCCUGGCCCACCUUUACAUCCCUCGAAGUCCCCUGCAUCCACGAAUUGCUGCUCAAUCAAACAUUCGGUUGCUCAGCGCAACAAAAGCUACUUCAGAGUUGUAUCUUCGGAGAUGGCUGCACCAGGCGAACCAAGCAUUUGACCUGGGACAACAAACUGAAGCGGAGCAAUUGGCUGCAAAGGCUAUUCGCCUGGCCGCUGAAGAGGUCGCCCGAUCAUAUCACCAACAUAUGUUCACAAAGCUAGCCGGCACCUGGGACAGGCUUCGCGCCCGCGUUGGGCGCUGCAGACUUUCGCGGCUUAAGAGGCUUCAGCGUGGCCAGGAGGACACUCAAGAGCAGAGAAGUAAAAUACUUGAUGCUCAGAUCAUCCGAGAAGUAUAUGUAGAGGCGUGGAGCGAAUAUAGUAAAACACAAUACGCCACUUCGCAUGUUCAAAUGCCGAGACAGUUGCCAUGUUGGAUGGUGACACGGGCAUACUCAAGACUGAAAAAUGGCUGGUCGUCCUUCAUAUUCGACCGCCUCUUUGACCGGCCAGACCCUCCGUCUUGGGAUCGGGUGCAGUUUCGAGAGCUGUAUCGAAGUUUCAAGGAAAUGUGGAAUAUGACAUACAGCCACGCUGAUUCGUUCGACAACCGAUUUCGUCGCAUUAUCGGCAACUACAUCAGGGUGGCUUUCAACAGCGAUAAAGCGAAAGAGAUAGGUACGAAUCAUGGCUCUGGAACUUGGUACGAAGAUCAACCAGUAUUCUUCCAAAUCCAAUUUUGGGCCCCAUAUUUCUCUCCGCCAAAGCAGCACCUUGGGACUUGCUGGGAUUUAAUUGUGACCCGUCCUCUAUCUUACGAUAUUCCGCAUGAUGCCAAAUCAAACGACUUAACUGCAAUUGAGUUCCAAGACGAAAAUGACGCGUUUGAGACACUAUGGUUUGAAACGAUCGGUCAGCCUGAACGGCUCGAAGACAUGUCGCCCGACGAGAAAAGCGAUGUGUUCCUCCAGGCAAUUCGCCAUCUAAUGACUCUUGCAGGACCGAAGUGGGAAGGUGAACAUGGAUUGCCAUACGUAAUACCAUGGACACUUCCUGAUCAGGCAGCCCAAAAUGAUAGUCAUGAAGGUGAUAUAUUUCGCGCUCCCCUUCCUUUAUCGUCAGUUAAAGCUGCACAUCGGGAUGCAGUCUUGUCAAGACCAACCGUGAUUCUGCCUACAUUUCAUGAUAUCAUGUCGUUUACAAAACACAUUUCGUCGCAGUCGAAUCUCUGCGCAGAGGCAAAAUUGCUAUGGGCCUUCAACCCUGGCCACCCGGACGCUCACAAGCCUGCUAUCAUCCGCGCCAAGGCAUAUAAUUGCAACAAAAAACCAUUUUCAGUCAUGCACAGAGACCAUCGCCUCUUCGGCUCCGGCUUUAUUGCGCUGCUUGCCCUCGAUGAAGCGAUGAUCCGAGACCUUGCAGUCAACAAUCAGAACCAUCAGCGCGCCUCUAUCCCGCAGCUAAACCGCCCCGCCAUUUUGAAAGCUUGGGAAGCCAACAGAUGGCAUCUGAAAGCUCUAUCCGAUGCGAUAGCCCACAACGGCCAAGGAGUCCGGAGAGAAGUUACUUUCCGCCUCGAUGUGAUUUUGUCAAUGUGGACUAACGGCUCCUCUGAUCCAGCUUAG